CCUGCUGUACUUUUCCAGUGAACUGUGAAGCCCCAUUGAGCUCUUCCGCAACACGGAACCUGGGAGAAACCGACCUCCUUGUUCAGGCAAGAAGAGAACAAAGACUUGUCACGCCACUUUUUAUGCAACAGACCUAAAGAAGCAGUUCAAACGUUCUUAGUUUGUUUUAAAUUACCUCCAUAUUUCUUACAGACUACAUUUGAAUCUGUCAUCGGGGGAAUGAUCACGUCAAUGGGGUCGUUAAAGAGGAUAAAGACUGAGUUUCUUCAUUGUGAGAGUGGGAAAAAAGAAGCUGUAGAAUUCCUCGGCCAAAUCAAAGAGCUUGUGUUGAAACAUCGCAACAGCAAGAUUCCUCUUGCAAAGCCGAAAAGUUACGAGUUGAGAAUCGGGGGUCUGGAGGACACUGUCCACGCUGGAGAUGGUGAACAGUUAGAAGUUUGGAAAGACUGCUACCUUCCAGAGAGAAUGGAGAUGGUGGUCAUUGGUGCCCUGGAUGACUUCCGAUGUUCGACAGCAGGAUGGCAGCUGGUUCUCCUGUUAUGUGAAGAUGGCAAUGUCUACGCCUACGAGUUUGAAGUUCUACACCUGGUUGCCAGAAGCUUGGAGGAUCUCUUUAAAUCUGGAGCGGAGUUCCCAGGACUGGAGAAAUUCAGAUUUGGAGAAUGCUUUGAGGAAUUGACUGAGGAAGAGAUGGAGAAAGAGAUGCAAUGUGAUGAAAUAAAGAAAAUCGAUGACGAGCAUAUACAGUUCCGAAGAAGAUUGGAGAUUGAGAUGCUGGAGGAUCUCAAAGCAAUCAAGCAAUCUGAGGUAAUAAUUACUGUUUGAUUCAGACUGAGGGUAUGGUACACAUGGCAAAACAU